AUGUGGGAACGGGGCCGCCGCCUGCUUGGGAUGCUUUGUAUCUGGAGAGGCGCUCCUGAUUGGCCUGAGGGCCCCCCAGCUCCGGGGACCCGUCGUCCUCCAUUCAGCCCACUCAAGGGCGGCACAACUGCCUCCAGCCGGACCACGGAGCUCGCCGGCCGCACCGGGCCUGGCCCAGGUCUGCGGCGUGGGGGAAACCUCUGCCGGGCCGCCUUGGCGGGGGCCCGGGCCCCCGCACCCUCGGUUGGCUCUGUGCUCUUCCCUGGAGCUGCCAGCUGCCUGGAAAACCCAGCCUCUUCAUGGAAAGCCCGGUGCAGUGGCGCUCUGGUGAUGGCAUCCGACAGUGACGUGAAGAUGCUGCUAAACUUCGUGAACCUGGCGUCCAGCGACAUCAAGGCGGCCCUGGACAAGUCUGCGCCCUGCCGCCGCUCGGUGGACCACCGCAAGUACCUGCAGAAGCAGCUCAAACGCUUCUCCCAGAAGUAUUCCCGGCUCCCGCGGGGACUCCCGGGCAGAGGGGCCGAGCCUCACCUGAAAAGGGGGCCCGAGGACCGGCCCGGGAGGCCGCUGCCCCUCGAAUCUGGCCACGGUUCCAGCCCCGGCGGGGGUGGGGGCUACAAGGAGAAGGCAUUGGGGAACCCGGACCGGGAGGAAAGCCUCUCUAAGGAGCGGACCCUCCAUGGGCCGGAUCCAGGAGCUGCCAGGCCUGGCCAGGUGCCCAUGAGGAAAAGACAGCUGCCUGCUUCCUUCUGGGAAGAGCCACGGCCCACCCACAGCUACCCCGUGGGGCUGGAGGGGGGACUGGGACCCCGGGAGGGACCUCCCUAUGAGGGUAAGAAACACUGUAAAGGCUUGGAGCCCCUGGGGCCCGAGACUGCCCCGGUGCCCACCUCCCCCAGGGCACCGGCUGAAAAGGAGCCACUCAAGAUGCCCGGGGUUUCCCUGGUGGGCCGCGUCAGUGCCUGGAGCUGCUGCCCCUUCCAGUACCAUGGACAGCCCAUCUACCCAAGCCCUCCAGGAGCCCUACCGCAGAGCCCGAUGCCCAGCCUGGGCCUCUGGCGGAAAAGUGCAGCUUCCCCCGGUGAGCUGGCCCACUUCUGCAAGGACACGGAGGGCCCGGGGCAGAAAGUGUACAGACCUGUGGUUCUGAAACCCAUUCCCACCAAGCCGGCCGUGCCCCCACCCAUCUUCAACGUCUUCGGCUACCUCUAG